UGUUCUGUGUUAGUCUGAUGUGUGGCUCUCAUUGAUCUCUCUGAUCCUUCUUAGUCCUCACUCCUCACUCCUCACUCCUGUUCACUUUUGCUCGAUCAUGUUGAGCUCAUCCAGUGUCAAGUUGGUCCGUUGUGGACUGAAAGGAUCCGGGCGCGUGUGGGCGGAACCGCCUCGUCGUGGCAUGGCCGCCCUCAAGAACUGGACCAAGCCCAGCAUGGAGGAGUAUGGCGUGCCCACUGAGUCCUGGUCCACGGUCAACGCCAAACGACAAGCCAGGUAUAACAUGACCUUGUUGGGUGGUGUGGUUUUCACGUUGUUCUCGGUGUUUGUGGCCAAGACCUCGGGCUUAAUCAACUUUUACACCACGCCCUACCAUCUCUUGAAUGACGAGACCACCAAAGGCUACAAAAACGAGGGAGAUACGGAUGAACUCGUCAUCAGACUGCCUGGAUCGAAGUGAAAACAAAGAAGAUCGUUUAGCAAAAGUUAAAAAUAAAUAAACGAAACGUAGUCGUAUGGUCUCAUAA